GAUGUUAAUGAAGUUGAAGAAAAUUUCUUUGCCCCUGGUGAUGCCAAGCUACACGGAGAAAUGUGCAAUGCUCUUUCAGUGAUCUACUGCAAGAUCAUGUCUAUUUUCCCGUCGCUUGAAGCUGCUCGGCCGAGAAGCAAAUCUGGAAUUCAAGCUUUGUGUUCACUUCACGUGGUUUUAGAAAAAGUGAAGAACAUUCUACGCCAUUGCACUGAAUCUAGUAAACUUUAUUUGGCUAUAACAGGGGAUUCAGUAUCUAUUGGAUCUCAGCUUUUGGAGAUUUUGAUGGAGUUAGAGAACACCGAGUUUUCACUUGAUCCAUCAGAGAAGGAAAUUGGGGAUCAAAUCAUUGGAUUGCUGCAACAAGGGGGUAAUUUUGAGAGCUCAACUGAUAAUAAUGAACUUGAGGUUUUCCAUCAGGCUGCUACUAGACUAGGUAUCACUUCUUCUAGAGCAGCUCUCACAGAGCGAAGAUGCCUCAAGAAACUCAUUGAGAGGGCCCGAAUGGAGGAUGACAAGAGGAAAGAAUCAAUAGUGGCUUAUUUGUUACAUCUUAUGAGGAAAUACUCAAAGCUAUUCAGAAGUGAGAUUUGGGAUGACAAUGAUUCACAGGGUAGUAGUUCAUUGCCUUGUUCACCUACUAUCCAGGGUUCUCUUGAUGAUGCCCAUGGUCGUGCUUUUGACCGUCAGCUGUCAAAACUGAGUUCCUUCAACUUCAGAUCUUGCAAUAACAAUAGGAAAUCUUUGCAGAUGUCUGUUCCGCCAGAAGAAUUGAGGUGUCCAAUAUCUUUGCAGCUUAUGUACGACCCUGUAAUUAUCGCGUCUGGGCAAACUUAUGAAAGAAUCUCUGGUGUGAACAGAACGGCGUUCAGGCUCCCUGAUGGGCCCCCUGAGUCUCUAGACCUUAACUAUUGGAGGUUGGCGUUGUCUGUGUCUGAGUCCACCGACACGAGAACAGCAAAACGUGUUGGUUCUUGUAAGUUGAAGGAUGUGAAGGUGGUUCCUUUGGAAGAAAGUGGAACCAUUAAAGAGGAAGCCUUGGAUACCUUAAGGAAGAAAUGCAGAGUUGUUGAGCAGAUAAGAGUAUUGCUAAAAGAUGAUGAGGAGGCCAGGAUUCUCAUGGGGGAAAAUGGGUGUGUUGAAGCGUUGCUUCAGUUUCUAGGAUCAGCUCUGACUGAAAAUAACGCUUCAGCCCAGAAAGUUGGAGCGAUGGCUCUCUUUAACUUGGCUGUGGACAGCAACAGGAACAAGGAGUUGAUGCUAGCAUCAGGAAUUAUUCCUCUGCUGGAGGAAAUGCUCUGUAAUCCACAUUCCCAUGGUUCAGUGACGGCACUUUAUCUGAACCUUUCGUGUCUUGAAGAAGCAAAGCCCGUAAUAGGUUCGAGUCUGGCAGUUCCUUUCAUGGUAAAUCUUCUUUGGACCGAGACAGAAGUCCAGUGCAAAGUCGAUGCCCUUCACUCCCUUUUUCACCUGUCCACCUACCCUCCCAAUAUCCCCUGCCUUCUAUCUGCUGACAUUGUCAACGCCCUUCAAUCACUCACUAUCAGUGAUGAUCAACGAUGGACAGAAAAGUCCUUAGCUGUUCUACUAAAUUUGGUUUUGAACGAGGCAGGAAAAGACGAGAUGGUUUCAGUACACCUGGCCUUAUGGUUUUACAAGAAGGAGUAUACCUUCGUUGGUAUCUAUUUCCGUAAACGGUACUCAACGUGGAAGAGAAAGGGCACAGAAGCUACUGACGCUAUUCAGGGAACUGAGGCAAAGGGAUCAAACCCAUCUAACAGAACCGCAGCAUACAGAAGUCACAAGCCCCGAGGACGGAUUCUCUGUUGCUGCAGCCGCUGUAACAGAGUCAAAACCGCAAUGUAAAUCAGCCUCGAGAAAGAAAAUGGGAAGAGCAUUCAGUUUUCUAUGGAAAAGCAAGAGCUUCUCAGUUUACCAGUGUUGAGUCUGGUUUUUACCUUUAGUCGGUGUAAAGUUGUAAUUUGUUUUUCCCAUCUCAAGACUUAAUAUCUCUUUUUGAAAGUCUUGGAGGUAAAAAGAAAGCUGCUUGUAUAGG